GGGUUGGCAGCCCUCUUGGUGAACUAAUUGUAUUGGCGAGUUUCAAUCUUGAAAAAAUUUUGGAUAAAUCGAUAAAUCCGCGAUCGAAAAUUCCGACAUGUUGCCGCAGCAACAGUGUGUGAAAAAUUCCGCGUUGUGAUACAUGAGCUGCAGACGAAGACGCCCGACGUUUUGGUUUCGCCAAGGUAUAUAAGCACAGCGAAGGCAAGAAACUAGCAUUUUUUGUCAAAUUUUAGUCUGCUCAUACGAAUAAAAUGAGUCAAUACGACAAUCCCGAUUUCUUCGCUUCAUACAAACUAAUGAAGCGUUCGCAAGAUGGUCUUGCUGGCGCUGGCGAAUGGCAUGAGCUGAAAAACAUGAUUCCUGAUCUCAAUGGCAAGCGAUUGUUGGAUCUUGGUUGUGGCUACGGCUGGCAUUGCAUCUAUGCGGCGCAGCAAGGAGCUAGUAAAGUGGUCGGCAUUGAUCUCUCUCAAAAAAUGAUUCAGCAAGCUCAAGAAACCAAUAAUGCCCCCGUCAUCGAUUACGAAUGUUGCGGUAUCGAACAGUAUAGUUAUCCAAAAGACACUUUCGACGUCGUCAUCAGCUCGCUAGCUUUCCACUAUAUUGCGUCCUUCAGUGACAUUUGUGCCAACGUGAAACAAACACUUGUCAACGGUGGAGAUUUCGUGUUCUCUGUGGAACAUCCUGUUUUUACGGCGCACGGAUCCGGUGACUGGAUUUAUGAUGAAAAUGGCAAGCCCAAGUACUGGCCUGUCGAUCGCUACUCCAUGGAAGGAGAACGCCAUCCCAACUUUUUGGGUCACGACAUCAAAAAAUAUCACAAGACACUGGCCACCUAUGUCAACACUUUGAUUAAUCAUGGCUUUACCCUCACCAAGUUCGUCGAACCUCUACCGGAAGGUCUGAAAGAAAUCUGUACACUGAACAACGGAUCUGAACCUUUACCUGAUCUUCCAGAAGCAAUGUAUGACGAAGGUCGCCGUCCAAUGAUGUUAUUGAUUUCAGCCAAGCUGACAAAAUAAAGAAGAAGAAGAAAGCACCGCCUACUUGCAUCCUGGUGCAAGAAUACGCCACAUCCGUCC